GUUUCCUAGAACGAAUUUCUUGCGCGUGGGUCCUACAUGCACUGUUUGCUGGCUGGAUGGAUUUUUUGGCGUCCGCUCAUCACCAGCACCAGCAUCUCCAUCUUUUUAAUUUACGUGUCUGAAGUCCGAAUUUUCCAGUAGAAAAACAGAAAAGGGAAAAUGUCAGACCUUCGAGGACACUACCGUGAUCAUGGCCCGCUUGCUUGUAAAGUAUAUGUAGGUGACGUUGGUCCAGGCGCUGCAAGACAUGACUUAGAAGAUGCAUUUGGCUACUAUGGCCCUUUGAAAAAUGUCUGGGUUGCCAGAAACCCGCCCGGAUUUGCAUUUAUUGAAUUUGAAGACCCUAGAGAUGCUGAAGAUGCUGUUCGUGGUAUGGAUGGCAGAAACAUAUGCGGCCGAAGGGUAAGAGUAGAAAUGUCAUCUGGUGAAACGAGACGUUCCAGGCGUAUGCCUCCACCAGCCAGACGUGCAGGUCACGGUGAACGGUGCUACGAAUGUGGAAAGCCUGGUCAUUAUGCUAGAGAUUGCCGACCUCGUGGUCAGUAUCACUCCAGAAAGCGCUCAAGGUCACCCUCGCCAAGACGAUCAUAUUCACCACGACGUUACAGUCGCAGCAAGAGUCGCAGUCGAAGCAGGUCACGCUCCCCAGAUAACCGUCGUAGAAGUCGUUCCAGGUCAUACUCUCGAGGGCGUGACAACUACAGCAGCCCACAGAGGAAUGGAUCCGCUGAUCGUGAUUAAAUGAUGAUUUCGUCAUAAAAAAUAUUAGGUCAACAAUCGCUCAAGCUUGGCUUACAUGUGGAAAUAUUUUACUUUCAGAAAAGAACGUUAGACAAUCCUGAGCUUCGCAAACGUAUAACAGCAAGAUUUCUUUGGUGUUGAACAUUUAAUCAUUUCGUGUCAACAGUUCGGUGGUGAUGUAGUGUGUUUCAGUUUCAUCAAAAGAUCGAAACAAAUUCAAGAUGUUUGUAGUUGUUAUAGCUUCUACCACACUAUCAAGUUUUAUAUGUAUGUAAUUUGCCCAUAUUUGAGUAUGAUAUGACAGAAACCAGUCAACUCGUCCCCUAGCAAUGUCACCCCCUUAAAAAACCUAACAAGGGGCGAGUUUGCCGGAAUGUGAUGACACCUUCAGUUUUUUAAAAUAAACAUAAGUAUGCCCAUUUUUUUAAGCAGAGUAUUAGCUUUUGCAUUGUUUUUUUUCAAUUUAAAUAUUCCAAAAUAGACGAUACAUAGUAUGCUAAAUUUGUUUUAUCUGUUUCUGAUGAUUUGAUGAAUACCUUGUGUUUACCCAACUAUUAUGUAUACAGAAAUAUUUGUGCAUUUUGUGAAGGUUUUAAAAUAUGAAAAUAAAUUGAAUGUUUGGAAAUACUCUAGGUACCUGUAUAGCUUGUUCUUCCAGUCCAAGUGAUGAAUUAUAU